UGCCUGCAGCCGGGGCUCCUUCGCUCAGUGCAGUUGAUGGCAGUGCCGGCGCGCGCCGGGAGCGCAACGCCCCGGGGACCGGAGCCCAAGAUGUGCAAACAGAGCAGAGGCAGCGGCUGCAGCAGCAGCUCCGGAGCUCGGAAGAGGGACGGGGACCGGCAGUGUCGUCCAUCGCUCGUGGCAAGUCUGCUCUCCUGACUUGCCUGCCGUCCUUUCCCUCCCCCUCCCUUCUCCCGGCGCUCCCCCAAAGAAUGUCAGCCAAGUCUAAGGGGACCACAUCCUCCUCCUCCGCCACCUCCUCGUCCGUGUCCUCUCCAGCCGAAGGGGUGCCGCCAGCUUCCAAAGCCAAGGUGAAGGAACAGAUCAAGAUAAUCGUGGACGAUUUGGAAUUAGUCCUGGGGGACCUGAAGGACGUGGCCAAGGAGCUCAAGGAGGUGGUUGACCAGAUUGAUACACUAACUUCUGAUCUGCAGCUGGAAGAUGAGAUGACUGACAGCUCAAAAACAGACACGUUGAAUAGCAGUUCAAGUAGCACAACAGCAUCAAGUUUGGAAAAAAUAAAGGUUCAAGGCAGUGCCCCACUCAUCAGGGCUCCGCCCCAUCCAUCUGCUAUUCUAACAGUAUUAAGGAAACCUAAUCCCCCACCACCUCCUCCACGGCUGACUCCAGUGAAGUGUGAAGACACCCACAGGCCAGUUAUCUCUGCCAAUCCUGUAAAGACUAAUGGGACUCUGCUACGAAAUGGAGGCUUACCAGGAGGACCUAAUAAAAUUCCAAAUGGAGAUACAUAUGGUAUAUCAAAUAAUAAUUUGGACAAAGUUCCGAUGCAACCUCUUAUGCACAGAACUGAGAAAGACAGAUGUCCUCAGGCUGGAACACGGGAACGGGUACGAUUUAAUGAAAAGGUGCAGUACCAUGGCUAUUGUGCUGAUUGUGACGUGCGGUAUAAUAUUAAAAACAGGGAGGUUCAUUUGCACAAUGAAUCUGCUCACAUCCCAGGAAAACCUCCUCAACAGUGUCCUCCCUUGCCACCCCCUCCUUCACCACUUCCUCCUCCCCCAUUAGAAAAUGGAGGAGUAGGCAUAUGUCCCAGUAAUAGCUUUCCCCCUCUCAGACCUGCAACUGUGCCUCCACCAACUGCACCAAAACCCCAAAAGACCAUCCUGAGGAAAUCAACCACAACAACAGUGUGAUUUUUCCCCACCUGGAAAACUGUUUUUGCUUUUGUUUUUUUUCUUAUGUACAAACAUUGAAAAAAGGUAAAGAGCACUUUCUACAAAAGCAAUAAAAAGCCCAAAUAUAUUGCACCCUAUCUUCUGUGAAGUGGCAAAAAAAAUUACAUGCUCCUUCAGGCUAGAAGGUAUCUUAAUAUUUGACGACACAAUAACCAGUUCUCCUAUGACAGAUUUGACAGUGCAACCUCUUUCAGGCAAUACUAAAUAAUAACAACAUGGACUCUCCUUAGAGCACGAGCACCCUUGAGCCUGAGCACAACUGAUAUCUGGUGUCAUCUGCAUUAGUACACCGGCCUCAUUUAACAGCUAUGAGCUGAGUCCUGACAAAAGCCACAGCCUUAAGCACCAUGCACUCUGACAGAAGAAACAAAAGUCAGUUACUUUUCUGACCCAUUGCAGAAACAACAAUUGCCGAGCAGCAUUCCUGUGAUCCAGCCAAAUGUGUUAAACAGAUGUAGCAAAAUGAAAGUUGGAAGCACUUAAAUGGAUCAGGCGAUGCCAAUGCAUAUUGGGUGGAAGAGAAGGCUAUUAUUGUCUCCUGUGCAAAUUCAAAGCCAUAGAAGAGAGACAGUUGAUGCUAAAAUGCUUGGGAAAAGGUUGUUUCCUGUCCUUUGCUGAAACAAUUCAACUGUUACAGCAUGCAUCUCAAUGCACUUCUAAUAUUUGCACUGUCACUUUCAUUCAGGGGAAUGAUGUAAGCCAUCAUUUGCACAGAUGGCCACGUGAAAUUUUAGCCAACAAGAAGAUGUAUGUUGAGAGUUUGAGAGCAAAAAAAAAAAAUUUAAAUUAAAUUUGUGUACAAAAAUGAAGAAAACAUAAUGUUCCUCCAUCACUUUGCAGCUGGAAUCUUUGAAAAAGCAAAUACUUGCUCCUUAGAACUGAGAUAACAAUAAUGAUAACAAGAAAGCAUCAACAAACUAACACGGAUUUUAGAAUCAGUCUAAUUUUAAUACAUUUUUGUAUCAGUAUAACAACAAGAAAUUGACCAAGAUAACUGGUAUGUUCCUAAUGAAUACCGACAGAAACCUCCCAAUUACUAUAAAGGGAGAAAAUGUUUGUAUUACGUAUUUGACACAUGACAUUUUUAUAGCUAAAAAUCUGUUCUUCAUGGAAAAUGUAUCAGAUAAAUAGGCAUUUUCAGUUUAUUUUUCUAAAUAAAUGUCUUUGUAUCAUUUGCAUUUACUUAUUUUUGCUGAUUUUCAUUACUCGACCACUAUUCCCUCUUUCACUAAAAAGGGAAACGUAAAGAGAAGAACCAAAACAUAGAUUUUGCCAUGCUAAAAUCAGAAUGAUUUGCAAACUGAAAGCUUUAAUAUAAAAUGUUGUUUGUAGAAUUAUAAAGUAUAUUUCUAUGGUAAAUACGUAUGGAAAGUAAGAAAGUCUGUAUUUUAAUCUUUACUUUCAAUACAUAGGUUAUUUUUUACUAUUUCAAGGAAGUAUUUAGUUUAGCAUAUUUUAUUGGGGAGUGAUAGAUAUGAUUAAUUAUGUUUGCUAUAGUUUAUAAUGAAGCUAUAUGUACACAAGACAAGACAAGAUCCAGUACCUGAUCUCUGCAUGGUCAAAGGAUCUGAAGGUAGUAUAUAACGCAGUUAGUGCUAGUAUGCAUUUCCAAAAAUAAUUUCCAUAUAUUAGGCCUCUGCUCCAAGUAUAAGUAAUAUUAUACCACACGUGGGACACGUUCAUAAAAUUAUUAAUCCAGUGUUCUGGCUUUUAGUUAGCUAGGAUAGCCUUUGUAUGCAGGUGAUCCGGAUUGUAGGAUUGUGUGGCAUUUUGGAUGGGGCUGGAAGAUAAUGGAUAUAUCGAUGGGCAUCCACAGAAACUUCCCGCUUUUGUCGAUGACCAAAGCAACAGGGGGCUGCAAACUGCACCCCUUUGGGGCAUGUAUGUGAUGUCAAGGAAAUAUAAAAAGGAUCACUUCAGCUUUGAAAGUUUUGGGGUCAUAUAAAUUGUUCCAUUUCCAGUAUAAAGUGUUCUGUCCCCGCUGUUUCUCCUUCACAAGAAGAUCCCAUUCAAUUCUUUAGCUGUAAUCCAAAAAUGGAUUGAUACAGGACCAGUAUGUAGUAUCAUACCUACACUUUCUGCUUAUAAAUGAAGGGCUGGAUAUGGUCCCCAAUUUGUGUUUUAUUUUGAAGAAUACAAUAGAAUCAUUGCAUUGCAUUGAAUGUUGUUUUUUUAAUCCAAAUCUUGAAAAUUUUACAAUGGAUUUCAGGCUACUUUACAAUUGCCAUUUUUCUUCAUCAAUCAAGGCGGCCAUUUCAUUUGACACAGAAAAUUCUAGUAUCAAUUCCCAAAUAAAUUUUCUUAAAAGUUAAAUUGUAAUCCCCCCCCCCAAAAAAAUCUAUUACUUCAGAUAAUAUAUUUUAAGCCUUGAAUAUUUAUUUUCAUACAAUAUUAUUAAAACACACACACACACACACACACACAAGCACGAUAUCGGAGAAAUCCUAAAUUCUAAGAAAGGUCCACUUACUGCAAAAAUAGAAUGUAAGACUCUGUGUAGCAAUGCAAUUUGAUGUUGUAUAUCUGGUUUUAAUUUUAGAAAAUAAAAUAACUUUCAAUGUAGUCUGAUUCUUAAACAUAACACAUGAUACCAUGCAAUUCUUGCCUAGCAGGGAUUUAUUUCCAUGCUGUAACUUGCAGUUCUUAUUACAUGUCAUUGUUGAAUGAGUUACAAUUUGGGGAACGAGAGAAUGAGAAAUUGGGUAAGAUUGUCAAAUACGAUUUGCAAACAGGAAGAGUUGCUGUACUCAUUCAGUGCAGUAUUUUGUUAUUAGUUCAUAAAUUCCUUUGAUGCCAGAAUUGUUUUGAAUAAAAUAUAUAUUUUCCUUUU